CGAAUGGGCUACCAAGAACUCCGUUUGUGACUCGAGUCAGCUGUAGUUGCCGGUUCUUUGUGGAGUCAAUUGUAUUGUUGCUAGAUUAUUGAACUUUUCUAACAUUAUUUUUUUCGACAGACCAUUUUAUUGACCUAACAUAUCGAAGAUGUCGUGCCCGGUUCCCGUUGCACCCGCCCCCCCAGCGCUCAAGGACCUCCCGAAAGUAGCCGGGGACCUGAAAAGCGAACUGGAAGGGUUCAAGGCCAGCAAACUUAAAAACGCCGACACCCAAGAGAAAAUAGUCCUGCCCUCAGCAGAAGAUGUAGCGCAAGAAAAAACUCACAACGCCCUAAUAGCGGGAGUAGAAAAUUUCAAAAGUUCGUCGUUAAAACGGGCGGAUACCAAAGAAAAAAUCGUUCUUCCCAGUGCCGAAGACGUUGCGGCAGAGAAAACAGAAAAGGCCCUUAUUGAAGGCAUUACCAAAUUCGACACUAGUAAAUUGAAACACACCGAGACACAGGAAAAGAAUCCUCUACCCGACAAAGAAGUUGUGUUGCAAGAGAAAACUCACCAAAAUCUUCUUAGCGGUGUCGAGCACUUUGACAAAUCGACCAUGAAGCAUGCCGAAACGACCGAAAAGAUUGUCUUGCCGAAUCCUCAAGUUAUUGAGCAAGAAAAAGUACAAACCAAUCUGAUGUCGGGUAUCGAAAACUUUGAUAGCAGCAAACUGAAACACGCCGAAACGCAAGAGAAAAAUCCACUGCCCACUAAAGAAACGAUUGACCAAGAGAAGAGCGCUUAAAUUCAGGCUGUGGAAGAAUGAGGCUCAAUUCUUAUUGCCAACUUUUGUAAUUUUUUUACUUUUAUAUAUUUGAUACAAGUAUUUAUUAUGUAAGAUAUAUCAAUAUGGAUAUUUACGACAUUAUCAAAAUAUACUUUUUAUUUAUCACGAAAACUUCUUAAUCGCGUUAACUCAAUUGAGGGUGUUCACGAUAUAGGAAAUUCUGAUUGAGCUGAUAUUCAUUCAGGGCUUGAAAGUUUUCGUUAUGAAUUGAAAAGUUUUGAAAGACAGUGUUUUCUACUCCAAGGCUUCUUUCUGUACUUUCAAUUUUGAAUUUGUAUCCAAUUUUAUAUUUUCACAUAUUCGGAAAAUUUAUUUGCGUGAAUAUAUGGUGCUUAAUAAAAUUAUAUAAUACAAA